ACAGUGUGUGUUGCAGGUGUCAACUGGAAAAUAUUGACACACAAACACACACACACACGCUUCAGGACUAAAACCUGUUGGAUAUAAUUCUUCUGAGUUGUAGGCAGAAAAAGUACCAGAAUGCUUAGACGAAUAUUACAGAUGACUCCAGGGAAAGGAGGCUCCCAGAGCUCGGAGUCUGAGCAGCCCUCUGCAGAUGUGAAUAAUGAGUCUUCAGAGGGCUUUAUUUGUCCCCAGUGUAUGAAAUCACACAACUCUGCUGAGGAGCUCUUCAAGCAUUAUGAGGUGUUCCAUGAGUCCGGAGAGCAGCCCUCCGAGUUCAGCUCUGGCAGGGAGGAUCUAGCAUUUCUUCGACAGGAAGUCCAAGAUUUACAAGCUUCACUGAAGGAAGAACGCUGGUUUUCUGGGGAAUUAAAAAAAGAAUUAGACAAAGUACAAGGACAACUAGCGACUAAUAAAGGCUCACAUAGUGAUGGUACCAGUGUAGAAGAAUCAGAGCUCGAGUUGAGGCUCAAUAAAUCCGAGACAGAGAAAUUCAACAUCAAACAGAUGAAAGAUCUGUUUGAACAGAAAGCUGCUCAGCUCGCCACUGAGGUUGUUGAAAUCAAAUCUCGUUAUGACGAGGAGAAAAGCUUGCGAGAAGCUUUAGAGCAGAAGGUGGCCAAUCUGAACCAAGAUCUGCAGAGAGAGAGACAAGAGAACGAGAAACUGUCGUCAGAGUUGCUCCAGAGGCCUGGAGUAGAGGACGUGGAGGUGUUAAAGAAAGAGCUGGUGCAGGUGCAAACUCUCAUGGACAACAUGACACGGGAGCGGGAGGGGGAGUCUGAGCGCCUCAAGAGCCAAUAUGAACAGCUGCAGGCCAACUUCACUAACUCAGAGACCACAAUUGCUCAGUUAAAAGCAGAACUGGACAAGGGACCUCAGGAGGCAGCAGUCUACACCCAACAAAUCCACCAAUUACAGAGCAGCCUGAACAAGUUCCAGCAACAGACCCAGCUGUUGUCAGAGAAGUUAUCUCAGAAGGAGAAGGAAAAUGAGGAGCUUGAGGGGCGUCUGGGUCAGGAACAGGCCUCUAAGAAGAGUCUUCGGGCUAACCUGCACCAGAGAGAUCUAGAGCUCCAGGAGAGUCAGGCCCGGAUGUCAGCGGGGGAGGCGGCUCUGAGUCGGUCUCAGGCUGAACUGACUGAGCGUAGUGAGGAGGCUGCUCGACUCAGACGUGAGCUCGUUGAGCUUGAGAAAAAUCAACAGGAGCUGAAGGCAGAGAAAAAACAACUCCAGCAGCAAAGGGAGGAUAAGGAGAACCAGGGACUGCAGAUGCAGAGCGAGAUCAGCCAGCUGCAUGCCAAGCUGCUUGAGGCCGAGCGUCAGCUGGGGGAGCUGCAGGGCCGGCUGAAAGAGCAGAGGCAGCUGUCAGCAGAGAAGCUCAAAGAUCGAGAACAACAGGUGGCAGAUCUGCAGCUGAAACUCUCUCGUGUGGAGGAGCAGGUAAAAGAGAGCUCUGUGAAGUCUACUGACCUGCAGCAUCAGCUGGACAAAUCCAAACAGCAACACCAAGAACUGCAAACUCUUCAACAAAGCACUAAUGGCAAACUUAGAGAGGCACAGAACGACCUGGAACAGGUGUUGCGUCAGAUCGGAGAUAAGGAUCAGAAGAUCCAGAAUCUUGAAGCUCUGCUUCAGAAGAGCAAGGAUAGCAUGAGCCAGUUGGAGACAGAGAGAGAGGACCUGUGUGCUAAAAUCCAGGCUGGAGAGGGAGAAGCAGCUGUGCUCAACCAACUACAGGAGAAAAACCACUCACUACAGGAACAGAUUACACAGUUGACUGACAAGCUCAAAAACCAAUCGGUAAGCCACAAGCAGGCUCAGGAGAACCUUCACGAGCAGAUGCAGGAGCAAAAGACCCACUUGCGUUCAGCGCAAGACCACUGCCAGAGUCUGGAGACCACAAUCAGCGAACUUAACACACAGCUCACUGAGAGCAAAGAGAAGAUUGCACAGCUGGACACACAGUUGAAAGCCAAGACGGAGAUGCUGCUGUCGACUGAAGCUGCAAAAAUUGCCCAGCGAGCUGACUUGGAAAAUCACCUGGAGACGGCUCAAAAUGCAUUGCAGGACAAGCAGCAAGAGUUGAGUAAAGCACAGGCUCAGCUGGAGGAGCAGGGCCGCAGGCUGCAUGAGAAGCAGGAGCAGUGCUCUCAGCUGGAGACCAGUCUGAAGGAUGGCAGAGACAAACUGCUGACUGCAGAGCAGAGGAUAGAGACCCUGGAGACCCAGACCAAGAAAGCAGAGGUGGAGUUAACUGAGCUCUGCUCUGGAAGGGAACAGGCUCAGAAAGAGCAUCAAAAGCUGAAGAAGCACAUCGGAGAACUGGAGGUGAAGAUGAAGGAGCUGAACCGUCAGUUGGAGUCAGAGAAACAAGGAGCUGCUACCCAACAAGAGGAUUUGAAGAAAAAAGUCUCAGCACUCUCUGAAACCCGACAACAGCUGGAGAAGGCAUUGCAAGAGCAUGGAGUCCUGCAGGCCAGCCUGGAUAAACUGUCUCAGGAGGGUCAGACACGACAGGCAGAGUUGGAUCGAAAAGUCCUAGGCUUGAGCGCUGAGCUUCAGAAAGCCCAGCAGGAGAAGGAGGGUCUAUCUAAAGAGAUGGCCACGGUCAAGGAGGCUCUGAGCAAAGCUUCUAAAGCUCUGACAGAGAGCCAGACUCAGCUGGAGAAAGAGAUGAAAAAGAGCAAGUCCGCUUUGGAGGAAAAAGAGAAGUCUUAUCAGAAAGCACAACAAGAGCUCCAGAAAAAUGCAGAGGCCACUUCUAAACAGCUAAGUGAGGUCAGAGGUCAACUGGAAAAAUCAAUUGAGGCAGAGAAGAGCCUUCAAUCUCAGCUUACCGCACUGAACGCCCUGCUGAAAGAAUCUCAAGAUGCACUGAAAGAGAAGGAGAAGAGCUCUCGGCAACUUCAGGCACAGCUGAAGACCACCCAGGGGUCCUUCAGCCAGGAAGUGAAGAAACUUGAGACUCAAGUGUCCGAGCUGCAGGCCACCAUCACUAAAAAGGCUGAGGAGGAGGCCAUACUGAAGGGGCAGGUGGCAACAUUGUCUAAAGAUCUGAACUCUGAGAAGAAUUGCUGUGCAGAGCUGCAAAAAACCAAUGACAGCACCAAAGAAAGUCUUGCCUCACUUCAGUCAGAUUUCUAUGGCAAAGAGUCUGAGCUCUCUGCAGUGCGCCAGGAUCUCAAGGUGUGUGAGGAGAAGCUGGUUCUAUCUCAAGAGGAGCUGGUGGCCUACAGGAACCAGCUCAGCAGUCGUGAGUCUCAGAUCCAGGAGCUGCAGAUGAGGCAUGCAGCUUUGGAGAUAGACCAUGGCAAAAGAGACGAGAAGAUCAAACAGCAGGUGGAGGCUCUCCAGAAUCUUCAGAAACAACAGGAGGUCACAGAGGAGCAGCUGAAGAAGGAGAAAGUUCAUUGCGAAGAGCUGAGAGAGUAUCAGAUUGCUCUGGAGAAGGACAAGAGCAAACUCAGUGCUGAUCUCAAAGCACUGGCAGAGAAGAAUGAGAAGGAGCUGAAGGAGCUCCAGGCAGCCAAGCAGCUGUUGAUCCAGCAGAAGGUGGAGCUCCAGGGGAAGGUGGAGGCGACUCAGGCGGCUCUGGAACAGGAGCAAAGUGAACACCAGAAGACUCGAGAUUCCAUCAAACAUUUACAGCAGCAGCUUAAAGCUGAAACUGACAAACUACAGAAACAGCUGGUGGCAGAAGUGAAGGCUAAAGAGGAGGUGGAGAAGCAGAGGGAAGAAGCGGAGGUGAAGAUGUCUAUGCAGGUGACAGCACUGAACGAGAAUGUGGCGACGCUGAAGAGAGAAUGGCAGAGCAGCCAGCGGCGGGUGGGCGAGCUGGAGAAACAGACAGACGAACUACGGGGAGAGAUUGCCGUCCUGGAAGCCACCGUCCAGAACAACCAGGAUGAGAGACGUGCACUGCUGGAGAGGUGUGUCAAGGGUGAGGGUGAGUUUGAGAAGCUUCAGGCUAAGGUAGUGGAGAUGCGCAGGAAGCUUGAUGAUACAACGGCUGCAAUGCAGGAGCUUGGCCGAGAAAACCAGUCAUUACAGAUUAAACAGUCACAGUCCCUCACACGGAAGUGGGCGGAAGAUCAUGAGGUUCAGAACUGUAUGGCCUGUGGGAAGGGCUUCUCUGUCACUGUCAGAAAGCACCACUGUCGACACUGCGGAAACAUCUUCUGUGCAGAGUGUUCUACACGCAACGCCCUUACGCCAUACUCGAAGAAGCCUGUCCGAGUGUGUGACACUUGCUUUGAUGAGCUGCAGGGCUGACGGCCCCACACAACCCCUUCCCUGCACAACCCUCUGUCUCCUGCUCAUUUUGACCUCUCCCCAGGAUGGAUGGAUGCGUGACCGGCUGAGGUCUGGUCAGAGCUCGGGACUGCAGGCACCACUGAGGAACUGCAUGCUUGCAGCUGCUGUGGUGUCCUCUUUAUCCUGCCAAUCAGAUGAAGGGAACACUAAAUUUGACAGACCGGACAGCUUGUCCAGACAUCUGUCCAGUGCCUUUGCCGCUUCUGAGGGCCACUCUCGCACCCAGAGGAUUUAAAAGGGAGGGGCCAGACCAGCCGAGGCAUUGGGCCCUUUUUUGAUUUGUAUUAUUUGUAAUAUAAGUGUAAAAGAUGGAGGGUCUAUCGGGACUCUUGAAUGUCAGGUUUGUGGAAUGUGGUUUCUCCCACUGAAUGCUACAGUUCUGCAGCUGUUUGGCACUCAGUUUAGAUGUUUUAAAUUGAUGUUGUCUUUAAAAGGUUUAAAGCAGAAAGUUUGAAUGGGGAUGUCAUGUCAUUUGAGAACAUGUGCGUACACAGUGGCCCCAAAAAGUAUUCAGACACUUCAGCCACCAUUACAAAAUGCAUACAUUUUUUGGCAGAAUAUAUCUAACCAAGUGGUAUUUAUUUUAAGGAAUUAUAAUUUGUUUUUUAAAGCAAAACAUUUCACAAAAAGUGGUUUGGUUUCAAAUGAUAAAACACUAAAUAUAUUGUUUGAAAUGAAGAUAAUAGGAACUGAUUAAUUCAUCCUCUAAAAAUAAAGCUAGUUAUUUGCAUCAUUUGUUUGCAGAUUCCACUUAGUUUAAUGGUAGUAAUUUAUGCAAUGAAUACAACUCCCACUUAAGUGUCCAAAAGUGUCCAAAUUCUUUUUGGGGGUACUGCAUAUCAUGCCAAUACUUAGGGAAUUUGAAUAGAACCAAAGCUGUUUGCAGGAUCCUUUGACAUAUCAUUAUUUGUAAAGUAAAUGUACAGACAAAAGAAGCAUAUGUGAAUAAUUUAAAAUUAAUUGUCACUCUAUAAGGACUGUAACAUGUCUAAUUCAGUCUUGGCAUGUUUCACAUAAGGUAUGUGGUGGUAAUAUACAUGCAUUGUUGCUGUUUAAAUGAUAGACUUAUCAUUGUUUUGCACUCAUCAUCUCACCAAUAGAAGUUGAUGUUAUUUUAAUUGUUUAUGCACACAGUGGCAAAAAUGUGUCUUUUUGUUUUGCAUUGUCUUAUCAUUUGUACAUUUGCAUGUCAGAUGUACGUGCCCUGCUUUUAAGCAUUGAUUAUUGUGCAUUGGGUUUGAUUGUGUGUAUGUGUGCCAGCAUAUUGAAAAUGAAUGCCAGACCACUGAUUGUUUAAUAUGUUGACUGCUACGGCUUUUGUCAAGGCAACCUGAGCAGUUUUGCUUAUUUACAGCUCCUACUGUACGUUGAUCGUGCUAACCUACGUUUUAGACUUAAAGCGAUAGUUCACCCUUUAGUCCUUUUCUAACUCUUAUGUCAUUCCAACCCCGUAUGAUUUUCUUCAUUUGGAAUAUUAAAGGAGGAAGCCUCAGUCACCAUUCACCUUCGUUUCAUCUUUUUCCCAUACAAUGAAAGUUAAUGGUGACAGAGGCUAACAUUCUGCCUAAGAUCUCCUUUUCAUCAUAUGGGUUUGGAUCAACAUGAGGGUGAUGUUCACUUUUGGGUGAACUAUCCCCCUUAAUAGUGAGCUAAAUUACAAGCUGAAAGUGUUGCGAGAUAGUUUGAGUGUAACGUUAGCACUCCAGGGAACGCAAGUGAGAGGACUGCCAGUGUAACUGCUGUAAAGUGCGCUUCACUGUUUGUGGUUUGUCGAAUAGCCACAUUCUGAUGUGUUUGCUCUGCAGGCACUGCUUAAUAAGUUGCAUGUCAACUCGCAGUGUUGAUGGCACUGUGUUUAAGUGUGUUUCUUGUCAAUGUGAUUCAAUUAUUGAUUACUUCCUGUUUGUUUGUCAGUUAUAAUGCUUAAAGAUUUUUUGUAAUACUGUAAAAAUCUGAUAUUUCCUCUGGGGAAAGAUGGACUUUACGUGCUCUGUCUCAGGAUGUUAUGACCUCAUAAUAGAGGGUCCUUCAUCACCAGCUCAUCAUGGUGACCUGACUUAUUGAAAAGAAGCCCUUUAACUUGAUUUUGAAUGAAAUGUGUGCUGCAGUCAACUUUAUCAUUACAUUACAGUAUCAAAGAUGUCCUUCAGUGCCAUAUACUGUAACUCUGAUACCCUCCAUACAAAAUCCUCUACCUGACGACAUCACUUCUUCCAAAACCCUCUACCUGACGACAUCACUUCUUCCAAAACCCUCUACCUGACGACAUCACUUCCUCCAAUCCCUCUACCUGAUGACAUCACUUCCUCCAAAACCCUCUACCUAACAUCACUUCCUCUUGAUGAUUCUGUAACCAUUAACAGUGUUGUAAGUUUUUUUGCGCAUUCGUAAGAAAAACAAGUUGUGCAACAGUGUAAUUUGUGACCCUAUAUGCAAAAUGCAUCACCUAAUAUCAGUUUUUGGGAAAGCAUUACACUAACAGUAUCUGUCAUAUGAUUUGUGAUGCAUUAUCUCGCAGUUCCAAUUGCUGAACAGCAGGGCGGAUUCAUGUUGUAAUGGUAAUGUAGGUGUGCCUUAUGUCAAGCAUUGUUUCUGUCAUGUUUGCUCUUUUGUGUGUUUCAGUUAGCUGGCACGUCUAAUCAGGUGAAACCCAGAUCAGAUACAUUUUGAUUCAUUUAUCAGUUUUCUAAAAUUUGUGAUGUGAAAACAGUGUAAGAUAUUGUCAAAAUUGGAUAAAAAUGAUCUAAAUAUAAUUAAAUACAUAUAAAAUAUUGCAUACGAAAGGUUUCUUCAGAUACAUUUUUUUUCCUGAGGCUAAAAAUAAACUGACUAAAAUAACAGUUGGAGUGAUUUACCUGAAGUGGGAAAAAAGUAUUGUUUUAUAAUUUUUCAUUCUUAUGUUUAAGAGUAAAUAAUAAACUAGUUGUUUCUAUUUUCUUAGUGUCUCAGUUAAAGGGAUAGUUGACCCAACAAUGAAAAUAUUCAUCACUUGGGUCCAUACAAUGCAAGUGAAUGAUGCUCAUCAAUCAUAUUCCAUCUGUGUUUCAGUUGGUUUUGAGUGAGAAUAUAUAUUUAUGUGUGUGUGUGUG